AUGGUGAAAAUCUUCAACGACCAGCUACUUGUAGUGACGAAAAAGAUGAAAUCGAAGAAAGCUUUCGGUCCGGACGGUAUCCCCAACGUGGCAUUGAAGACCGCGAUCUUGGUGUUGCCGGAUAUGUUCAGCAUAGUUCUAUUGAAGACGGAAACCAGCGAAAUUGCGACCUGGAGGUGGGUCGGCACAAAGCAGAAUGUGGCGGAUGAAGCAACCAAGUGGCAACGUCUGCCGGAUCUUGGAAAUGACAGUCGAUGGUUUAGAAGUCUGGAAUUUCUAUGGCAAGAACGCAACAACUGGCCAGUCGAGCCAUUUACAACUGGAACUACUAAGGAAGAGAUACGUUCCCACUUAUUUCAUCAUAGAGUUGUCAUGAAACCAUGUAUCAACGCAGAGUACUUCAGCAACUGGAAACGAUUGGUCGGUACAGUAGGCUUCGUGUUUCGAUUUCUGGGCAACUGUCGGAGCAAAGUAACGGGGAUCCAACGUAAUCUCGGCCCCCCAUCCAGCAUGGAAUUACAGCAAGCAUCGAACUACCUCUUCAGAGAAGCGCAGAGAGAAUCAUUUCCAGAAGAAGUAGCCAUUCUUUUAAAUAGAAAUGCUACAACAAAAGCGCUCCCUAAGCAAAGCGCAAUAUACACGAUGAAACCAUUCUUAGAUGAGAAUCAGUUGAUGCGAAUGUUUGGUAGAAUUAGCAGGUGCGAGUAUGCCACAAUGGACGCGCAGAAUCCUGUCGUUCUCCCGAAAAAUCAUCACAUCACGAAGCUACUUGUUCGAGACUACCAUGAACGUUUCCAUCAUUGUAAUCAUGAAACCGUGAUUAACGAACUACGACAGAAAUUCAGGAUACCGAAACAACGAGUUGCAUAUCGAAACGUGAGGGCAAACUGUCAGAAAUGCAAGAAUCAGCGAGCAAUUUCCCAGCCCCCUCCGAUGGGCGAUCUUUCAAAGGUUAGGCUGGCGGCCUUCUACAGACCGUUCACGUUCGUAGGCGUGGAUUACUUUGGCCCUAUCAUGGUAGCGCUGGGGCGAAGAUCAGAAAAACGAUGGGGCUUACUUGUGACAUGCUUGACGACACGAGCAGUGUACAUAGAGGUCGCACACACACUAAAUGCGGACUCAUGUGUUAUGGCGAUCAGGAAUUUUAUGGUCAGACGAGGCGUUCCGAAUCAAAUAUUCAGCGACCGUGGCACGAAUUUCACGGCAGCAAACAAGGAGCUCGGGGCGACUCUGGCAGAGCUAGAUCAGGAUAAAAUUGUACAGGAAAUUGUCGGUCCCAACACUGAAUGGUGUUUUAUUCCUCCAGCGUCUUCCCACAUGGGUGGGUCGUGGGAAAGACUAAUCCAAUCUGUGAAGCGUAACCUAGAACAAAUUCGCCCACGAUGCUAUCUCAGCGAUGAAGCCCUUCGGAAUCAGUUGAUCGAGAUAGAAGGCACAAUUAACUCACGUCCACUAACACAUGUACCGGCAGAUGAUCCAGAUGCUCCUGUUCUCACGCCAAACCACUUCAUUCUGGGUUCAUCUAGUGACCUUAAACCGGCCGCUUUACUCGACGAUAGUGCUCUGGCGUUGAAACGUUCUUGGCGUAAUUCGCAGGUGGAGGCGAACAUCUUUUGGCGUCGGUGGGUUCGCGAUUACAUGCCGAACCUUACAAGGCACACAAAAUGGUUCAGCGAGAUAAAAGCAAUCGAGGUGGGAGACAUUGUGGUCAUUGUAGAUCCAGACCAUCCACGGAACUGCUGGCCUAAGGGGCGGAUCAUCUCCGUGAAUAGAGGCAAAGAUGGCAAGGUGAGAUCAGCGGCCGUCCAAACAGCGAUCCGAGGAGUGUAUGAACGUCCAGUGGUCAAGCUGGCAGUGCUUGAUGUUCGACGCGAUGAGCAGGUAAGCCACAACUGUGGCGUACCCGGGGGGAGUGUGACGACCCCUCGGUCAGCGCGACUCACUUUCUGGAGCAAUACGAUGGACGUUGCAACAUCUCAUGUGGAGAGUUAUAUGACGGAUUACCGAGCUGUCACUACGGUGACGUACCAGCAGACGAUGACUGGCAAUAUUAAUUACUGA